AUGCCGCCAAAGAAGAAGGGCAAUAAGAAAGCCCAGGACGACUGGGAAGCCGAUCUGGGUGAAACCAUCGCACCCCACGCCAACGAGCCGAAUGACGCUGCUGCUGACGCCAAUGUCGAUGCUGAUGCCAACGGUGAUGAUGCCACCGGUGGAGGUGGUUUGAUGGCCAUGCUACGAAAGAACAAGGAGAAGCGAAAGAAGAAGGGCCUGGCAGAUGACGACUUUGUUCAAGGCGAAGACGCCCCCGGUGCCGGCCCGGCGGAGCUGAACACCAAGGCACCACAAGAGGCUACCUUGGAGGAUGAGUUUGCGUUGCCUGAAAAGAAAGGUAAAGCAGCCAAGGGAAAGCCAGCGGCCAAAAAGGGCGAGCCCGCAGAUGAGGAUGAUGAUGAUGAUGUCAACGGUGGCAGAAUUCUCACCAAAGCCGAAAAGGAAAAGUUGAAAAAGGAGCGUGAGAAGCAGCGUAAGAAGGAACAAGCCGCUAAGAAGAAGACCACUGCUCCAGCAAAGGCUGCAGAACCAAGCAAACCAGCAGCUCCCCCCAAAGAUGCCACCGCCGCCCCAGCUAGCCUGGCACCUGCCGCUGGUACGGAGGCGGGAGGGAAAAAGAAGAAGAUUCCUGCACAUCUCGCCAUGCUCCAGAAGCAGCAGGAAGAGCUCAGAAAGAGGAGAGAGGAAGAAGAGCGUAUGCAAGCCGAAGCCAAGGCCCGUGCUGAGGAGGAAGAAAGACUUGCCGAGGAGGAGAUCAAGCGUAGAGAGGAAGCAAAGGCUCUCAAGAAACAAAAAGAAAAGGAGAGAAUCGAGCAGCUGAAGAAGGAGGGCAAAUUCCUUACUAAGGCUCAGAAAGAAGAAAAGGCCCGAAAUGAGCGUAAACUCCAGCAAAUGUUGGCUGCAGGCAUCAAGGUCGGGCCACAAGAGUCAUCUGACGAGCCCAAGAAGAAGGUGGUUUAUGAUAACAAGAAGAAGAAGCCCAGAAACGAGAAAGUCGAUGAGGACGCAGCCCUUGCGGAAGCUGCGGAGAGAGCUCGGCUGCAAGCCGAGAAGGCGCUCAAAGAAGCCGAGGAGAAGGCCGCUCUCGAGAAGGCAGAGGCAGAGGCCAAGGCUGCCGCAGAGAAGGCUACCGCGGAGAGUGAUAUUGAGGAUGACUGGGAAGCCGCCGCUGCCUCAGAAGACGAUGUCAAGGAUAAUUGGGAUGCGGAUUCCGAGGAAGAAGAACAUUCAGCUGCUACCAAGACAAACGGUAAAGGCGACGUCAAGCCCGAUGUGGAGAAGGAUGAAGAAAGGGACGACGACGAUGACGACGAGGACGAUGAUGAUGAUCAGUCCGAAUCGGAAGACGAAGAACUCUCAGCUGCCCAACAAGCGGAAAUGCAGCGCAAGAAGGAGGCUGCUGAGAGAAGGGAAAAAGCCCAUCAAGCUGCCUUGGCAGCCCGAUCCAAGGACAACCUGCGGUCUCCUAUUUGCUGUAUUCUCGGACAUGUCGAUACCGGAAAAACCAAAUUGCUCGAUAAAAUACGUCAAACCAAUGUCCAGGAAGGCGAGGCUGGUGGCAUUACCCAGCAGAUUGGUGCUACAUACUUUCCCGUCGAUGCUAUCAAGCAGAAGACUGCCGUAGUCAACCAGAACAACGAGUUUGAAUUCAAGGUACCCGGUCUGCUCGUCAUUGACACGCCUGGUCACGAGUCCUUCUCCAACUUGCGGUCCCGUGGUUCAUCUCUUUGCAAUAUUGCCAUCCUAGUAGUGGAUAUUAUGCACGGUUUAGAGCCUCAAACUCUUGAGUCUAUGCGCCUCCUUCGAGACCGUAAAACUCCAUUCAUUGUUGCCCUCAACAAGAUUGACAGACUUUACGGGUGGAAGAAAGUUGAUAAUAACGGUUUCCGCGAGAGUCUGGCUUUGCAAAAUAAGGCCGUCCACAAUGAAUUCAAGAAGCGAUUGGACGAGACCAAACUUGCGUUUGCUGAGCAAGGAUUCAAUUCUGAACUCUUUUACGAGAACAAGUCCAUGUCCAAGUUUGUAUCUCUGGUACCUACGUCUGCUCACACCGGAGAAGGUAUUCCUGACAUGCUCAAAUUGAUCGUUCAGCUCACUCAAGAGCGCAUGGUUGGCUCGCUUAUGUAUCUUUCCGAGGUCCAAGCUACUGUUCUCGAAGUCAAGGCUAUCGAGGGUUUUGGUAUGACCAUCGAUGUGAUUUUAUCAAAUGGUAUUCUUCGGGAAGGCGACCGAAUAGUAUUGUGUGGCACGGAAGGUGCUAUCAAAACAAAUAUCAGAGCCUUGCUAACACCAGCACCCCUGCGUGAGCUGCGCCUGAAGUCACAGUACGUGCACAAUAAGGAAGUUAAGGCUGCGUUGGGUGUCAAGAUCAGUGCCCCUGGCCUUGAAGGCGCCAUUGCUGGCUCUCGACUAAUGGUUGUCGGCCCUGAUGAUGACGAAGAAGAUAUUGAAGACGAAGUAGUGGCAGACCUGGCAAGCCUGCUCAGCAGAGUUGAAAAGACUGGUCGAGGGGUCAGUGUCCAGGCAUCUACCCUUGGUUCCCUGGAAGCCUUGCUGGACUUCCUGAAGGACUGUAAGAUCCCUGUUGCAAAUGUUGGAAUCGGUCCCGUUUAUAAACGAGAUGUCAUGCAGUGCGGUAUCAUGCUGGAAAAGGCUCCAGAUUAUGCUGUCAUGCUUUGCUUUGAUGUCAAGGUAGACAAGGAAGCACAAGUGUAUGCUGAAGAACAAGGCAUAAAGAUCUUUACUGCUGAUAUCAUCUACCACUUGUUUGACUCGUUUACCAAGCACAUGGACGAAAUGUUGGAGAAGAAGAAGGAAGAAUCCAAGAUGCUGGCGGUUUUCCCUUGUGUCCUCAAGCCUGUCGCUGUGUUCAACAAGACCAGCCCCAUUGUCAUAGGUGUUGAUGUUGUCGAAGGUCAGCUCAAGAUUAACACGCCAAUUGCCGCUGUCAAGACGAAUUCAGUCACCGGCGCCAAGGAGAUCAUCAAUCUUGGUAGAGUGUGA